AUGGCUCCCGAAAAGAAGGGUGGCAAGAAGGGUCGUUCUGCCACCAACGAGGUGGUGACCCGGGAGUACACCAUCAACAUUCACAAGCGCAUCCAUGGCGCAGGCUUCAAGAAGCAUGCUCCUCAGGCACUCAAAGAAAUCCAGAAAUUUGCCAUGAGGGAGAAGGGGAUUCCAGAUGUGCGUAUUGAUACCAGGCUCAAUAAAGCUGUCUGGGCCGAAGGAAUAAGGAAUCUUCCAUACAGUAUCCGUGCACAGCUUAUCCGUGCACAUUUGUUCAAAAAACGUAACGAGGAUGAGGACUCACCAAACAAGAUUACACAUUAG